AAUUCACUGAGGCAAAUGAUGAGAUCUGGAAAUGGUUCUCAAGCUAGACCCUCCAAUAUUGCAAGAAACAGAAGACGUAAUAGUGGCUGUGGUGUUAGUGAUGCUCGUGUUCGAAAGGUAGUCACAAGAUUAAAUGUGACCUACUUUUCUGAAAUUCUUGAAGCUUUGGAUGGGCCGAAACGUAAAGUUAUUGAGACUUACGGAUUUGGGUCAUUGCUGCACUUUGACAAGUGUGCCAUCUCUUUGGCUUUCUCUCGUUGGAUUGCUGACCAAGUUCAAGUUAGGAGUAGUGACAUUGUUGUCAGGAAUAAGUCAAUACCCAUUACGAUUAGAGCUGUCCAUGAUAUUCUUGGUAUUCCUAUUGGAGGAUCUUCAGUUAGAAAAUGUGAUGCAGAGAGAGGGAAGAAAGAAUUUUUUGCGGUCUUGAGGUUGAGCAGACUGCCAAAUUUCAAGUAUUUUGGUGAUAAAUUGAAGAAAAAAGAUAUUUCUGAUGAUGAUCUUGUCCGCAGUUUUUUGAUUGUUGCCUUGGCUACAUUUCUUUGUCUUAACUCCAACACUUAUCUGAGCACCAAGCACCUCCUACCCUUGGUUGAUAUUAAGAAUGCUAAGGACUGGGAUUGGUCAAAGUAUGUGCACUUCUGGCUCAUGGAAGAUAUUCGGAAGUAUCAGCGUAACAUGAUGUCAUCGACUCACGAUUCUAUCACUCUUGGUGGCUGCUUGUACGUGCUUUGUGUGAGUGUUCCUGUCAUAGUUUUUUUGGUUGAUUUUUUUGUUUCUUCAUCCUGCUUGUACUUUAUGCGAUCUAUUGUUGUUGAUUGAAUUAGGUUCUUUAUCUGGACCACUUGGUUUUUGGCCCCCAAGAUCUGUUGCCAGCUACGCUACCUCGGAUAUGUGUUUGGAAGCAAGACAUGAUUAAAGAAUUUUCUGAGUUGGACUGUGUUCGCGGCCAUACUUUUGGCAAACGUCCUAUUUUGCCUUUCAAAUCUACUUGUUAUGCUCGCCGCCCUGGAGUUAGAACUCCUCCUGUUUGUGAUGCCAGCGUUAUGAACUUCAAGAAUGAGCUACUGCAAAGAGUUCCAGGAACUUUCUCUCCACAGUCAUUGGAAGAUAUCACCGAUUUGUAUAAGAAGCAUGUUGCUGCUGCUCCAAAUGAGGUGUCACCUGUGUAUGCUCAAAGUAUUAUUAUUGAUAUCAUUGACUACUUUUAUCAGCGAGCGCAAAAAGACAAGUCCAAUGACAAUAGACGGUCAACGAACAGUGCGGAAGCUACCUGUUCUACUCCUUGUUCAAAUAUUUUUGCUGUUGGUAAUAAUACUGGAGAUGAUAAUGGCCUCCAUUUUGAUUACCAUUAUGACAAUGUGGCAGGGGAUUCUCCUGUGCAAACACCAGAAGACAAUGGGCAUCAUACUGAUGAUCAUCAUGAUAACGUGGUGGGCAUUCGUCCUGUUGAAGCAGCAGAUGUUAAUGUGCAACAUUCUGAUGACCAUGAUGAUAUUGUGGUUGGGGAUUUUCCUGAUCAAGGAGCAGAUGACAAUAGUGAACAUUUUGAUGAGCAGACUGAUAAUGUGGUUGGUCAUUCUCCUGUGCAAGUAGCUCAACAAAAUUUAUCUGAUGUGCAUGUUUGUACACCAUCAGUUGAUAUUGCUCAUUGUAUGAGUGGCGAGACAGUUAUUGUACCACGUUCUGGUGGUCAAACUCAAUCUGAUCAAGUGUAUACUGGUGACACCGUUAAAGUUGCAACAAGCUCCCCAGAUGUCUCAAACCAAUUUAAAGUGUCCCAAGGUUGUAGCAAAGGAAAGAAGAGGAGUGCAUGUAAUUCUUCGCCCGAUGCCUCUGGUGAUAAUGUUGCCACCCGUACUCGUUCACGUCGGAAUUCCCUUUCACCAAAUGUUGCAAUGCCAGCAGUUGGCAUCACAGAUAAUCCUGAAUCUAUAAUCAGGAAGCAGAGGGUCAAAAGAUUGGCAAUACGAGGUCAGAAGUUACCAUUAGGCCGGAGAAUUGAAAAUGAUACUAGUAGUUGUUCAGUUCCUACAAGCGAUAGUACUCAGCCUAAUCAUGGAGUACAAGCAUCAGGAUUAGAUGAUAGGGCACACUUAGCUAAGGUGGAAACUAUUUUUUCACAAGUAUUUCUAAGUUAGUAUGAAUAUUCAUUGUUCGUUUC